AUGCUGGUCGAGCUGGCCGCUCUUUUAGCCGUCGUUGGUGUAUCCAGUGUCCGGGCGCAAUCGCUAGUCUAUGAAUGUGACAGAUAUACGCGGCCAAAUUAUGACGCUUGCGACAGAAUCAUGGCUGACAUUGACUGGACAGAAGGCCCUUUCAGUGGUGGUACUCCAAUCUCGGACGGCAGAUGCCGUGUGUUUCUCGAUGGCAAGAAUACAGGACAGAACGCAAACUGCGCUAUCAGUGUAUGCAACACCCGCGGCGAUGGGCAGGACGCGUAUUUGAACGUUGUCAGUGGUCCGACAUAUUAUCGCACAAUAAAGGAGUCGUGUGAACCUAAAGAUUCUGGCGGUCGUGCCCCAGGUCCUGCUGCAGUAGAGGCAGGUACAGACCAAUACGUCCAAGCUGGCGCCACGCCAGAGAAUUAUGCUAGACGUUAUACGAUUCGCGGCACGAUCCUUUCUGCUAAACCGGAACUAAGAGUCGAGUCGAUGACGAUAGAGGAGAUGGAAGAGUUCUGGGAGAGGGCGAGGAAUGACACCAUACGUCUAUUGGGACCCACCAUCCAGAAGAGACAAGAAGAGGUAUUUGUUCUCGGUCUUUCCAGGUCGGUUCCUCAACCCGGUGUCAGUAACCGGAUGACCGGCAUCUCCUCACCUGGUGUAGUCACCUCGUGGUCUACUACGGAAGGUUAUUCCGCAAGCGUAGGUGUGAGUGCCGGAGUAAGCGUCGGCUUCUUUGAGAUCUUCACUGCAUCCGUUAACAUCGACGUAUCUAUGGAAUACAGUCAGGAGUACACCGAGUCGACUGAAUUCGAUCCAAGCAAGUCGUGCACUUCUACACAGGAUGCUUUCAUGAUCUUCAUACCGCACUUCGAUCAUUACCUUGUCAUGGAUGAGAACAGCCAGCAAUACGAUAUCUGGAUUCCGCUAGCAGGACAGGGUGAGUUCGCUGUCCAGUGUCUCGGCUAG